UUUCAUUUACAGUCCUGGACAAUCGUCCCUGAUUUUACACAUCAUGCCCACUCUGCCUCGUUGUCAGCAGUAGCAGUGAAUAACAGAUAUGUGGUCACUGGGAGCAGAGAUGAGACAAUCCAAAUCUAUGACAUGAAAAAGAAGAUAGAGCAUGGGGCGCUGCUACAGCACAAUGGGACAAUAACUUGUUUGGAGUUCUAUGGUACUGCACAUCUAUUGAGCGGGGGUGAAGAUGGACUCAUUUGUAUCUGGAAUACAAAGAGAUGGGAAUGUCUGAAAUCCAUUAAGGCACAUAAGGGACAGGUGACAUCUCUUUCUAUUCAUCCUUCUGGGAAAUUAGCUUUAUCAGUUGGAACAGAUAAAACAUUAAGAACUUGGAAUCUUGUUGAAGGACGAUCAGCCUUCAUCAAAAACCUUAAGCAAAAUGCACACAUAAUUAAGUGGUCCCCUGAUGGAGAGAGGUAUGUGACCGUGGUAACAAACAAAGUGGAUAUCUACAGACUUGACACAGCUUCAAUCACUGGCACCAUUACAACAGAGAAGAGAAUUUCUUCACUUAGGUUUAUUACAGAUUCUAUCCUUGCCAUAGCUGGAGAUGAUGAAAUUAUAAGGUUCUACAGCUGUGACUCUCAAAAAUGCCUGUGUGAAUUUAAAGCUCAUGAAAACAGAAUAAAAGAUAUUUAUACUUUUGAAAGAGAAGGACAGCAUCUUAUUGUUACUGCAUCCAGUGAUGGUUACAUUAAAAUGUGGAAUCUGGAUCUUGAUAAGAUUAAAAAUGUGCCAUCUUUACUGUGUGAAGUCAAUACCAAAGCUAGGCUGACAUGUCUUGCAGUAUGGCUUGACCGAGCUUCAGAAAUGAAAGAAAACUCUGAUAAAGCUGCAACAUCAUCUCAAGCAAAAGAAGAUGAAAAAUCAUCAAUAGUCAGGAAAAACAAAGCUUGUUGGACUGAUACAAGUGAUAAAACAGCAAAAAAAAAGAGAAAAAUUAUUCCAGAGAAAAAAAAAUUGGAAGCUCCAUUGCAAAAGAAGAAAAGGAAACAGAAUAGCUCGGCAUGAAGGCAGCUUUUUUCUCUUCUGUAUAAAAGUAAAUGCUGGUGUUGCUCUAGUUUUUAUAAGAAUGUAAACCUCUAACAGGACAUAUACCUCUGAACUGAUGAGUUGUUUAAAAGUAAUUAAUGUUCUUACCCUAAGAAAUUGACUGACCAUUCUGAGAAGUAUCAAAAGAAUUAAGUGAAGGAGGCAAAAAUAAAUUUAUAAUAUGUAAUGUUUAUAUUUUUCUCUUAAAAAUAACAUAUACCUUUUUAACUGGCUCUGAAAAAGGUAGCUAAAAUAAUAAAAAUAGCUGCAUCUGUCUCAGAUACAUUUUUGUCUUCACUUCCAUGCAUAUUAAAAACAUGUACACUUUUCA